CUCCUGUCACACAUGCUGUAGCCUACAGCAAGCAUAAUAUCUGAAGAGUUACACGUGCAGCAGAAGCCUAGAUACAUGAACAAUUUGCGCUUUCUUGCGCGCAUACUCAGCUUUCAGUUGACAGCGAUCCUAAGCGUUUAAGUGGGAGUUUAAUGCACAAAGGCGCGGAGAUGUCGGUGGCCACAGUGGACAAGGUGUAAAAUGGGAAAGAAGCUGGAUAUCAGUGUGGGUGCUUAAUGUUCUAAGGACCCACAAGCGGCGCUCCUUGCACAACUUCUUUACUGCAUGAAUCUUGCUGCAGCCGAAAUACAGUGUGGACUUGCCUGAGCAGGAGCAGAGAUGGCUAUACUCGUUUGUUCUUUGAUCAUUUUUACAAAACUCGUACUUUAUUUGAAACUAACAUAUUGCAUGGAGGUAGAUUUUUUCAUACCUGUUCGUGUGGAUCACCAAGAGCAUGAAAAGCAGCCGAACCAGCACGCGGAACAGAUGAGGGAAAGGCAGACUGUUUUCAGACUAACAGCAUUCAAACAGGACUUUUACCUGCACCUCACACCGGAUUCUAGUUUCCUUGCACUGGGCAGCUUGCCGGUUGAGAGCGGCUCAUCAGCAUCCAACGCCUCUGCAACCGUUGACCUCAGGGAGUGCUUCUAUUCCGGUGAUGUCAACACAGAUCCGGACUCCUUCGCCGCGCUCAGCCUGUGCAAAGGACUCCACGGGGGGUUCCUCUAUAAGGACAUGGAGUACUUCAUCAGCCAGACCAGGACUGAAAACGCAUUUGCUGCAUCGGGAUAUGCAAACUCUUUUUACAGAAUGCAUGUCAUCCGCCGCAAGAGACGCACUGUGCACUCAGUUGGCAAUUUCACCAGCAGGUGUGGAGUUACACCUGACACCAGGUUUAACAUUUCCCUGGAGAAAUACAAACAUUUAAAUGCACUGGAGAAUUAUAGCUUAAGGGAAACUGUGUUGAAAACUUUAGGGAGGUCCAAAAGGUUUGCCUCCAUUCCUAGGUUUGUGGAGGUCCUGGUUGUAGCAGAUGAAUCAAUGGUGAAAUUUCACGGGAAUGACCUGAAGCAUUACAUCCUGACCCUGAUGUCAGUAGCUGCCAAGCUUUACAAGCAUCCCAGCAUUUUCAAUUCCAUAAACAUAGUGGUGGUGGGCUUUGUGGUGAUAAAUGAAGCUGACAAGGGUCCUAAGGUUUCCAGUAAUGCAGCCCUGACUCUGCGCAAUUUCUGCUCCUGGCAGAAGAAGCUGAAUAAACAUACUGACAAGCACCCUGAAUACUGGGACACUGCUAUACUGUUCACCAAACAGGAUCUUUGUGGGGCCACAACAUGUGAUACGCUGGGGAUGGCAGACGUCGGGACCAUGUGUGACCCAAAGAGAAGCUGCUCUGUCAUCGAGGAUGAUGGCUUGCCCUCUGCUUUCACAACUGCCCAUGAACUUGGCCAUGUCUUCAACAUGCCCCAUGACAAUGUCAAAGCAUGUGAGGAGGUGUUUGGGAAACUAAAGGACAACCACAUGAUGUCUCCUACUCUGAUUCAGAUCGACAGGAUCCAGCCCUGGUCUGUGUGCAGCGCAGCCAUCAUUACUGAGUUCCUGGACAGAGGUCAUGGAGACUGUCUGCUGGACCAGCCUCAGAAGCAGCUGUCUCUCCCAGACAGUUUGCCUGGCUCCAGCUACAGCCUGCACCGUCAAUGUGAGCUAGCUUUUGGCCACGACUCUAAGCCCUGCCCAUACAUGCAUCCCUGCUCCAAACUGUGGUGCACUGGGAAGGCCCAUGGACAUCUGGUCUGUCAAACCCGACACUUUCCCUGGGCGGACGGCACCAACUGUAGCAACAGCAAGGUCUGCUACCGAGGAGCCUGCAGUCAUCAGAACAGCACCAGGCACAUUACGGUGAAUGGCCGGUGGGGGAAGUGGGGUGCAUUUGGAGACUGUUCUCGAAGCUGUGGAGGAGGAGUUCAGCUGGCCAAGAGAGAGUGUGACAACCCUGUCCCAGAGAAUGGAGGCAAAUAUUGCUAUGGCCUUCGUGUCAAAUAUCGCUCUUGUAACAACAACCCUUGUCCUGAAACAGGUAAGAGUUUUCGUGAGGAGCAGUGUGAGGCGUUCAAUGGCUUAAACCUGAACACAAACAGGCUGGGCUCCUCUGUGGUAUGGGUUCCCAAAUAUUCAGGCAUCUCUCCAAAGGACAAAUGCAAGCUCAUCUGCCGUGCUAACGGGACUGGGUACUUCUAUGUCCUUGCUCCAAAAGUUGUGGAUGGGACCCCCUGCUCUCCUGACACUUCAGACAUAUGUGUUCAGGGAAAAUGCAUCAAGGCAGGCUGCGAUGGCAAGCUGGAUUCUAACAAGAGGUUUGACAAGUGUGGUGUGUGUGGCGGCGACAACCAGGGCUGUAAGAAGGUCUCGGGGUUGUUCACCAAACCUUUUCAUGGCUACAACUUUGUGGUGAUGCUGCCAGUUGGAGCCUCCAAUGUUGACAUCCGUCAGCGCGGCUAUCGAGGAAUGGUCAGUGAUGAGAACUACUUAGCAGUGAAGAACCGGCAUGGCAAGUACCUCCUGAAUGGCAACUAUGUGGUGUCAGCUGCAGAGCGUGACCUGCUGGUGAAAGGCAGCCUGCUGCGCUACAGCGGGACCUCCACAUCUGUGGAGAUUCUGCAGGCCAUCAGACCCCUGCAGGAGCCUCUGACUGUGGAGGUACUUUCUGUGGGGAAGAUGACCCCGCCCAGAGUGCGCUAUUCUUACUACAUUUCCAAGGAGAGCAAAGAAGAGAAGACUCUGCGUAAAGAGGAAAAAGGGCACAAAAUGCAGAACAGCGUCUUAGUGGAUAACAAAGUAGAAGCUAAGAAGCAGGUGACAGGUAAAAGUCCAGUCAGUUACUGGGUGACAGGAAGCUGGGAUUCAUGCACAGUGACUUGUGGUAAUGGUCUCCAGAAGAGGCUGGUACAGUGCCAGAGCAUGGACGGGCAUCCUGCAGCAGAUUGUGACAUUGCUGACAGGCCUGUAGUACUAAGAGCAUGUGGGGAUCCAUGUCCCAUCUGGGAUGUAGGUGCCUGGUCCCAGUGCUCCAAGUCCUGUGGACGGGGCUUUAAAAGACGGUCAGUGCGUUGCAUAACCGUGAACGGUUUGAAUCUACCCAGAGACCACUGCUCCGGAAAAAGGAAGCCUCAGGAACUGGACCUCUGCAACCUAAAGCCAUGUUAGAGCAGAACAGACAAAGCCUGGGGACCUUAGCCCAAAUCAGCAUGACAAUUAUACGAUGGCUGUGUUGGCUGAAAAUAGUGUCAAAUGCAGUCUGUGUCUGCAGGGGUGUACAGAAGAAAGUCAAUAUAGGCAGGCUGCACCUCCACUGUUUGAAAAGAUCUGUUUUGUAAAAAGAAACUAGGGAAAGCUGUCCUCAUAAACUGUCAGAACAUCUGUGGUUAGCCUACCUCUACCAAGACUGAUGACAAAUGCCUGUGCAAACUGCAGAGGGAGAGAUGUAGACAGUGGCCACUCACAUCUGCACACAAACAUAAUCACUUGGUAUAUUUACAUGCAUAUGAGAUUCCAAGGAAAAGGUGGAUGGAGGCUUGUGUGAUUUAACUUCAACACUCACAGUGAGCUGUUAUCAGGAGCAGAUGUCUCCUCUGUGAACUGACUUUUUUUUUCAUUUCACAGAGGAACUUAUCAAACUGUGAAACACAGUACUGUAUCUGCCACAUUCAAGACCUGCCUGGUUUGUGCAUUUUCUGCAUCUUAGCUUGUUUCUUAGUUCAGUGCUAUUGGCUGCUGUCUGAUGAAGGAAAAACUGCUAUUCAUAGUCAAUUCAUCUUAACAAAGAACAUUAUGAGCUUUAUAUUCUUCCAAAAAUGAAAAACACUCAAUAUUAUAUCAUAUGCACUUGACACAGGCUUUAUCAAAUCGAUCAAUAUAAAAAGAUUCCCUGAAUUUUACCUGCAACCAAAAAUCAGAAAAAUAUUUUGAUAAGUGGAAAAUUAGCUUAGUCAGAGCAAUGUCGUCAGCUUGUUCUCCACUGUAGGCUGUUUGUAUGGUGCAGUCCGAGUGCAUUUGUGUCUGUUCUGUGUUGCCAAAGAGUUAUGACCUUCCACAAAGACUUAGUACUGUGAGAGACACCUCUUUCCAGGAGCUGGACAGAAGCAUAGACUGACAGGAACUAUCGCUGUACAGUUACAGUAUGUCACCACCUUAAAAUUAUCUUCGGAAUGUUUAACACUCACCUCCUGGGUGCUUAAAAGGUGGCUGUAAAAGUUGAACCACUCAAUUAGUCAGUCAACAGAGAAUUGAUCAAAUAAUAACAAACAGUGACAAUAGAUGAACUCAGUGCUGGGAGAACCUUUCAGACUUCAUCAGUGUGUGACCGGUCAGCUUGAGUGGGGAGAGGUGCUUCUGUUAGACAAGAAAAUGUUUCUAAACUGAAAUUGUUCCUUCAGUUUUUUUACUCAAGCUCAUGUAUUACAAUAAAAUGUUGACACCAGUCUCUUAUAAGCAACAUUUAAAGCUGCAGAAGGCAAAAAGCAGCAAACUGUUAGACUAUGUAGUAAUAAUAGAAAUGACUUUUAAAAAACCUGGAAAGUUGUUCCAUGAUUCGAGGAGCCAGUACAGCAAUUGUUUGAUCACCCUUCAUUUUUAACCCAGACUCUGGUGCUAUAUGUUCAUUUAUACUCCUGCUGGCUAUGCCAUGGACCCACAGAUAACAAAGCAUAACAAUAAUCUAGCCACUAAUAUAACUAAAUUAAUACACUGUUUUCACGUCAUGCUGUCACCAUCCUCAGAUCUCCAAGAAUACAGGAAGUGAGUGUUUUGACAAAGUUUCUAUUCAAUUGUUGGCUGGUUUUCUUUCUGUACUUCUACUCUAUGGCUGCUUCAACACCUCUAGCCCUUAAUUAUAAGACCUUAGUAUAUGUACAUUGAGUCCAGACAUUUGCCAAGAUCAUGUCAGCCUUUGUUUAGGACUACUAUACUGUAGGUCCGAACCAUCAAACUUGCCUUGGUGAUCCACUGACUCUCUGCAGUGAACUGUAAAGUAAAACCUAGAGGAUGUACAAACAGCAACAAAUUAAAUGAAAAGCAUACCAUAAAAUACAAUCACCAAACAUCUAUAGGUGUACUUCCUGGCAUUGCAUUUGUCCUUUUGAAAGGAUUGUUUUCAUUUCACUGGAUAGCUGCAUGUCCAACACAGCUGAAAAUAUGUGGAGUUUAAUAGAAAGUGCUUUACUGCCAGCUGUCAGUCUUAAAAAUAGUUGGCCCAUAUUUGGGGUCAAACUGUAAGAUCUGAAAUGCAAGAGCAUCUGUCUGGAGUAUUUUAGGAGGCUACUGUAUUCAACAAUUGGGCAGAAAUACUAAGAGACCAAGUUUGCCACUUCAGCAGAGCAAAAUUUUAAAAUCUACUCCAUGUAUUGAAAGGCAUGUCCAGCCUGUUUUGGUUCAGAGGAACAAAUUAUACCAUCUGAAAGAUGGCUUUUUCACAUCAUGUACAGAUAACAUUAUUUUUUAUCAACUGUCUUUUGUAUUGUAUACUAUGUAUACAUUCAUCUAGCUGUAUAGAAUAAAGUAUAUAUGCUGUAUAUAUGAGAUUAUAACCAUAUGCUGACCAUAGGCUUCAGGUUUUGAGGUAUUAUUCAGGUGCUAUAUAUUAAAGCAAAAAGGAAAUAUUACUUUACAGAUAUCUGUUGUUUCUUGAUCAUCUCCCUUUGUUCUUGCAAUAUCUGUUACAUCAGAUUUUUGCUGUGCCUGCAGUCUUCCGUCACAUGAGAUGAGACAGUCUUGAAAGCUCAGCUCUUCUCCAGCUAAACCAUGACCCCAGCUGAAAACACAUUCAUUCAUCCACUUUGGCAUUUUGUUGAUUUAAGCUUCAUUGUCCCAGUUGUACUGUAAUAGCACACCCAGCAUGACCAGUGCCUGCCCAGUAAGCCUGGAGCACUGUUGAACCGACAUCAUUCACACUUAGUACCAAGGACCACUGAACCCAAGGACCCAUGUGAGAGUUUAAAGGUACACACUAAAACAAUGUGCAUGCUAAAAUCAGGGUUUUGGGAUAGAGGGUGUGUAAGCUUUCACUCGUUUUCCAAACUUGAUGAGCCCCUUUCAGAGCCACA